AGGCGUGUCUGGGAGGAACCCACAGUCCGCGAGUAUCGCGGCAGCUGCUUCCUCCACUCUUGCCGCAGCGGCUGCAGCUACGGAAGAUGUUUGGGGUCCUGCUCUUGCUCCUCCUUUUCCCCCUUCUCCUGUACAUCGCUGCACCCCAAAUCAGGAAAAUGCUGACCAGUGGGAUGUGUACAUCAACUGUCCAGCUUCCUGGGAAGGUGGCUGUGGUCACUGGAGCCAACACAGGCAUUGGAAAGGAGACAGCCAAAGACCUAGCUCAAAGAGGAGCCCGUGUAUAUAUAGCUUGCCGGGAUGUGCAAAAGGGGGAAUUAGUGGCCAGAGAGAUCCAGAACAUGACAGGGAAUGAACAGGUGUUGGUGCGGAAAUUGGACUUGGCUGAUACUAAAUCUAUUCGAGCCUUUGCUGAGGGCUUCUUAGCAGAGGAAAAGCAUCUCCACCUUUUGAUCAAUAAUGCAGGUGUGAUGAUGUGCCCCUACUCCAAGACAGCAGAUGGCUUCGAGAUGCAAAUGGGAGUCAACCACUUGGGUCACUUCCUCCUGACCCAUCUGCUACUAGAGAAGCUGAAGGAAUCAGCCCCAUCUCGGAUAGUGAAUGUGUCUUCCUUUGCACAUCACCUGGGAAGGAUCAACUUCCAUAACCUGCAGGGUGAGAGAUUCUAUAAUGCAGGUCUGGCCUACUGUCACAGCAAGUUAGCCAACAUUCUUUUCACCCAGGAACUGGCCCGGAGGCUAAAAGGCACUGGCGUUACGACGUAUUCUCUACAUCCUGGCACAGUCAAAUCUGAAUUGGUUCGGCACUCAUCUUUGAUGAAAUGCAUAUGGUGGCUUUUCUCCUACUUCCUCAAGACUCCUGAGCAGGGAGCCCAGACCAGCCUGUACUGUGCCUUAACGGAAGGUCUUGAGACUCUAAGUGGGAAUCAUUUCAGUGACUGCCAUGUUGCAUGGGUCUCUGCCAAGGGUCGUAAUAAGACUGUAGCAAGGCGCCUAUGGGACGUCAGCUGUGACCUGCUGGGCAUCCCUGUGGAUUGACAGGUAGUGGCAGUUGGACCCAAGAGAAGCCUGCAACAGACUACUUGGUAUUCCCUCCCAAAAUGAGUCUCCUUCAGGAUGGACAAAACUUUGAGCACAAAGAGAGCAAAUCUUCCUUCUUGAUAUCUGAUAAACGCCUAGUGUACACUGUCAGAUUGAUCUAAACACCUUGCAUUUAUUUGUCCAGAUUUACUUUGCUCCUAUUACUACCAGAGUUCCUAGAGAUAUCAUAGGAUAAGAAGACCCUCAUAUGACCUACAAGCACUUAUCUCCCUUCUGAAACCUACUACCUAGGAGAAUCUAAGCGGUGGCAGGGUUAAUUUAUGGCAGUUUGGACUGGUUUCUACCCUCUUUGUUGACAACCAACCAGCCUUCCCUUCAAGAGGGCUACACUGCAGCUGUCUUAUAGGGCUUAUCCCUCACCUCUUCAGAAAACCAUCACAGCAUCUGUGUCUGGAUUCUUUCAGGAAACUCGUAACUGAAUCUGGAUUAUGACAUUGCAUUGUCUCUGACAGCCAAAACCCACUGCUGUUAAGAUACUUUCGCAUGUCUAGACUGUGGAAGAGCUUCCUUUCCUAAGGCAUUUGUGGUGCUUGGGGCAUGGCAGAAAUUUGGGGAAAGGGAGAAAUAAAAAUCAAGUUUAAACUGUCAUUUCCUGCUGCCUCAAGCCAGCAAGGGGUAGUGCAAGGAGCAGUAUGGGAAGGUAGGCCACGCGAGUUACUAACCCCAGGCCACAGAGGCCUCCUUUUCAUGCCUUAGUUUCUCUUAGAACAGAAGGGAAAGGCAAUUUGGUGAUUGUCACUGAUUAUAUCUUUGUGUGUGUUUUUGUGUAUUUAUGCAGUUGGCAGUAUUUUCACAAAAUUCAAAAUAGCCACAAAGAAACAGUAUUAAACAGGACCCUGGUGCAGGUAAAUGGUUAGAGAUGGAGUUAAACCAGUGUCAUCUAGUCUUCAAUACAAAUAAGGAGAGCUAUGAAGGGAAGCAAGCUCUGUAUGGGUUGAUAACUACCCACCAAGAAGCAUAUGGGUACCGGGGAAAGAGUCCAAAAAAGAAGAAUCCUGGAAGAUAAUGCAUGCAGUGAAAGCAUAGUUAAGAACUAAAAACAAAACAAAAAAACAGCUAAAGAGGGUAAUAGUGACUUACAGAAGAAUUGAGAGUGAACCACCUGAGUUAGCAAGACUGCUAGGGCACUAUUUUAACAAGCAUCCAUCAACCAAUUUUGCAGAAAAAAAACCCAGAAUAAAACCAGUUCUUUAUUCAGCAAAAUUAUCUUAAGGACUGAUAUUGGUAAGUACAGUUGAUGUAAUAAUCUUUUGGGGGCAUUUCCUUACAUUAUCUUGACAAGAUUAAAAUGUCUUUAUUUGCUAAAUCUACAUUUUAUUUGGGGGAUUUUUACCAAGAGUAAUGUUGCCAAAGGAAGGAUGGAAUUGGUAAUGUUCCCAUCACUUGUUUGGAGUAUGUUGUUGUAAUAGAGUUUGUGAUUUUUCUUCGACUGACAAUGAAUGAUGUUCACUUUCAUGGGGAAAAGAGGUAUAGGACUACAGUCCUCUCAUAUUAGUAAAUUAAUCUUUUAUUGAACUUGUUUUGACCUUUAAUUAAACUAUAAAUUUAGAAAUGGUCAUUUUACAGAAAAGUUGAAGUUUUUAUAAUGGUGCAGUAAAAUAACUGAAUUAAUAUUUUAAUUAUAUGGAAUUGUCAAUGACAAAAAUGUUGUUGAUGUAUUUACCAGAAUAAAAAUUGUAAUUAAACAAAAGUUUAUACAGUCA